AUGCGUAUAAUUAUGGCCAAAGUGAUGAUGAGGAGGUAUGAAGCUCAGGAGGCGUCUGUGUCCGUGAGAUCUGUGGGCAGAGCGCACUCCAGCCGCGGCCACAGAGACACCGGGAGGCCGCUGCUGCUCGGAGGAGACUGCGUGUAUGUUUACUGCCAUCUACCGGUCGCAGUGAAAGAUCCUUCAGUGACUUGGGACGUCCCACGAGAACCCACAGAUUGA